GCCAUUCAUCCCGAUCCAUCGUUUCGUUCACAUUGGACAUCUCGAGGUCCACCGUUGAUGCUUACCGCGAAAUAUAAAAUAUAAAAAUUGCAAAUAGCACCCCACGUCUCCCUUCCUUUCCCAAUACCACCCCAUAAAUAGGCAAACACCUCUUGUUGAGACCCCAUAUCUUUAUAUAUACCUGGGCUACCUUCUACAAGCUCCUCCAGCUCACACUCUCCCCUUACUAGAAAAAAUAAAAAUAUAACACCACAAUCAACAAAAAAUUCCGUUUAACUCCUCUCCCUAUCAUCGUCAAUCCCACAUUACAUUCGCAAUCCAAUGGAACAGUUCCCGACAAUCGACCUAUCAGAGCCCGACAGCUCCAUGUUGCGGCUCGUCGAGGCCUGCGAGGAUCUCGGCUUCUUCAAGGUCGUCAACCACGGCGUCCCGCCGGAGCUUAUCGAGCGGCUCGAGUCGGAGGCCGUCCGCUUCUUCUCCCUACCCCGCUCGGCCAAGGACAAGGUGGGCCCGCCCCGGCCCGGCCCGUUCGGCUACGGGAACAGGAGCAUCGGCUGCAACGGCGACGUCGGCCGGGUCGAGUACCUCCUCAUGACCGCCGACGCCGAUUCCGACUACCGGAAGUUCGCCUCCGUUUUCGGCGGAGCCGCCGCCGACGGAUUCCGGCGUGCGGUGGACGAUUAUCUGUCGGCGGUGAAGAAGAUGGCGUGCGAGAUUCUGGAGGUGUUGGCCGACGGGUUGAAAGUCCAGCCGAGGGAGGCUUUCAGCAAGCUGCUCAAGGACGAGGAGAGCGACUCGGUUUUCCGGCUGAACCGGUAUCCGCCGUGCAACGGUGCUGGAGAGUCCGACCCGAUUGGGUUCGGGGCGCACACCGACCCGCAGAUAAUAUCGGUUCUGAGGUCCAACGACGCCGGCGGGCUCCAAAUCGUGGGGAGGGACGGCGAGUGGGUCUCCGUACCGCCGGAUCGGAAUUGUUUUUUCAUUAAUGUGGGCGACUCGUUGCAGGUUAUGACCAACGGAAGGUUCAAGAGCGUGAGGCAUAGGGUCGUGGCCAACAGCCCCGAAGCAAGGCUCUCCAUGAUUUAUUUCGGAGGACCACCGCUGAGUGAAAAGAUAGCCCCAUUGCCUUCACUAUUAAUCAAAGACGAGGACAGUUUGUACAAGGAGUUUACAUGGUUUGACUACAAAAAAUCCGCUUACAAUACGAGGCUGGCUGAUAAUAGGUUGGGCCUUUUCGAGAAAAUUGCUGCCUCAUAAUAAUAUGAUCCUUUUGAGUGUCACAAUUUUUAGCAGCUCGAUCAAGAUUUUUGUUGUGUGUUUGCCUGUGUCAAAUUUNUUUUUUAAUCAUAGUUUCUUUU